AUGAGUUUUAAAUCAGAUUUACCCAUUCAUAAUCGAUUGAAUCCUCGGAAAACUGGGAUACCGCCAUUGUAUAAGCGGUUAGUAAUAGGGCUAGUCAGUUUAAUCACAUUAUAUUUGAUUUUUGGCAAAUCCAAAACUCCUAUAUUUGAUGUUCCUGAGAUCGAUGAACAAAUCUUAGAACUGAAUUUAGAAGUUUCUUACGAAGCCGAUUCUCAUAUCUAUGAAGUCACUAAGGAUGGAAUCACCGAGAAGCCUGAAGCAGAUUUUGAAUAUUUUGAUUUAAAUGAUUUCAAAGGUUCAGCUGAGGGAAUGAAUAAUGGAGACGUCGUAUUAUUCUUAAUGCCGUUAAGAAAUGCUGAAGGGGUUUUAAGUAUGGCCUUCCACAAUUUAAUGAAUCUUACAUAUGACCAUGGGUUAAUUGAUAUUGGAUUCUUGGUUUCAGAUUGUUCUGAAGGGGAUAGAACUUUAGAAAAAGUAUUUGAAUAUAGUGUAGCUUUACAAAAUGGUACAUUAGUUGAAAAAUUAAGGAAAGAAGAAACAUCCAAACAUAAAUCAGGAUCAUCAGAUUUAUACCAAUUAUAUAUGGAUCAAGAUUAUAUGAAUAAUGUUAAAAAUUCUUAUGAUCCUAAAUCAUUUCAUAAAGAUUAUGAAAAACCUUUUAGAUCAAUAACUAUUUAUCAAAAAGAUUUCGGACAAGCUAUUGGACAAGGAUUUAGUGAUAGACAUGCAGUUAAAGUUCAAGGAAUCAGAAGAAAGUUAAUGGGAAGAGCAAGAAAUUGGUUAACUUCAAAUGCUUUAAAAGCUUAUCAUUCAUGGGUUUAUUGGAGAGAUGUUGAUAUUGAAACUUGUCCAGGAUCAGUUAUUCAAGAUUUAAUGAAACAUGAUUAUGACGUAAUGGUACCUAAUGUUUGGAGACCUUUACCAUCAUUUUUAGGUAAUGAACAACCUUAUGAUUUAAAUUCAUGGGUUGAAAGUGAACCAGCAUUAGAAUUAGCAUCUAAAUUAGAUGAAGAUGAUGUUAUAGUUGAAGGGUAUGCGGAAUAUCCUACUUGGAGAGUUCAUUUGGCUUAUAUACGUGAAAAGGAUGGAAAUCCUAAUGAAGUAGUUGAUUUAGAUGGGGUAGGAGGGGUGUCAAUUUUAGCUAAAGCUGAUAUUUUCCGUCAAGGAGUUAAUUUCCCUGCAUUUACAUUUUUAAAUCAUGCCGAAACUGAAGCAUUUGGGAAAUUAAGUAAAAAAAUGGGUUUUAAAGUUGGUGGUUUACCUCAUUAUACAAUCUGGCAUAUUUAUGAACCAAGUGAAGAUGAUUUAAUGAAGAUAGCUAAAUUGGAGAGACUGAAGAGAAGAAAGAAGAAUACAAGAUCUUAA